AUGAACGCCGAUGCAGUCAACGCCAGCGCUCACCCUGAGCUACUCCAGCCAGGGUCGGCGGCGGCGGCGUCGUUGAGCCUCAACCAGGUGUCCAACUUGCUCUCCGGCUGGUCUACCUGGCAAUACGUCGUCACCUUUCUGAUCGGAGUCGUUGUCUAUGAUCAAGUCAUGUACCUCUGGCGGAAGGGCUCUAUCGCUGGACCGACCUUCAAGAUCCCCUUGAUGGGUCCCUUCAUCCAAGCACUUCAUCCCAAGUUCGACUCAUAUCUCGCCCAGUGGGCUAGCGGCCCUCUCAGCUGCGUAUCCGUUUUCCACAAAUUCGUCGUCCUCACCUCCGAUCGCGACCUGGCACACAAGGUCUUCAAGUCCCCUGCCUAUGCUGAGCCCUGUAUCGUACCACUCGCCAAGGAUAUCAUCGGCCACAAAGCCUGGGUUUUCCUGCAGGGCAAAGCCCACGCCGAAUAUCGAAGGGGCCUGACCCCUCUGUUUACCAACAAGGCCAUCUCAACCUACCUCCCCGUGCAGGAAAAGGUCCUCGACCACUACUACGACAAGUUCGUCGCCGACAGUGCUGCUGCCAACGGAAAACCCCUCCCGUUCAUGACCCGCUUCCGCGAGAUCAACUGCGCCCUGUCCUGCCGCACCUUCUUUGGUGACUACAUCUCACAGGAUGCCGUCAAGAGGAUUGCCGAUGACUUCUACCUGGCUACCGCUGCCCUUGAGCUGGUCAACGUCCCCUUCUCUAUUUACAUCCCGGGUACCAAGCCGUGGUACGGCAAGCGUACCGCUGACGCCGUCCAUGUCGAAUUUGCAAAGUGCGCCGCUGCCUGCAAGGCCAACAUGUCGAAGCCUGGUGCGACCCCGACCUGUGUUGUCGACCACUGGGUCUUGCACAUGAUGGAGUCGGAGCGCUACAAGGCGCGCAUAGCUGCAGGGGAGACGGGCCUGGAGAAGCCGACAAACAUGAUUCGCGAAUUCACCAACGAGGAGAUUGCCGACACCCUAUUCACCUUUCUCUUCGCAUCACAAGACGCAUCGAGCAGUGCCACAACCUGGAUUUUCCAAAUCCUCGCUCAACGACCUGACGUGCUAGACCGCGUCCGCGAAGAGAACCUGGCUGCGCGCGGUGGCGACCGCAACAAGCCUUUCGACUUGCCCAUGCUUGAAUCUCUGACAUAUACGCAUGCCGUUGUCAAGGAGCUUCUCCGUUACCGCCCGCCCGUCAUCUUCGUUCCCUACCUGGCCACGAAGAAGUUCCCUGUUACCCCCGAUUACACCGUCCCUAAGGGCUCCAUGAUCAUUCCAUCCUGCUACCCAGCACUACAUGACCCUGAGGUUUACCGUGAGCCCGAGACCUAUGACCCUGAGCGCUGGAUCACGGGCGACGCCGAGUCCAAGACCAAGAACUGGUUGGUUUUUGGCGCCGGUCCGCACGAUUGCCUGGCCCGGAAAUACGUUCCGCUUCAGAUGGCUUCCAUGAUCGGCAAAGCGGCCUUGGAGCUCGAUUGGAAGCACCAUGCUACGCCCAAGUCGGAGGAGAUUCGGGUGUUUGCCACGUUGUUCCCAGAGGACGAAUGUCCCUUGGUUUUUACCAAGCGCCCUUGA